AUGACCAACUUCACGGAAUGUGAAGCGCGCUUCACAGCCAACACCCCCGAUGGAGAGUUACUUCGCAGCCAAUGGGGAUGGAACGGUACCAUCUUUGGUAUUGUGUACAAUAACAUGACACAGAUAUCCACAGAAGGGUGCAUACACGUGUGUGGCUCAGGACCGGAUAUAUACGCAUGGAGGGAUAUUUCUGGGGUAAUAACCACAUGGGUACUGCCGACCAUCGGUAUACUCCUGCAAGCACCCUUUGAGAGCAACGCAGCUCGAAGAACAGUGCUGGCCAUCACGCGAUGGGUGGGCUCGCCCAUCGCAUCGCUGUCCUACGUACUUUGGAACAUCAAGGUCUCCGCCAAAGCUGCCUUGAUGGUCGACAUGGCUGUUAAAUACGACGACAAGACGCCCGAAUACGAGGAGCUCGAUUUCUUUAUUUCCAUCUUGUGGUUCUUGUUUGCUUUCGCACUUUCCAUCCAGGAUGCUUUCAGUGAACUGGGGGCCAACACCACUGCUCACGAUCUAGCGUUGGGCUGUCUGCUGGCUUGGUUCCCCGUCCUCAUCAUGAGCUCUAUCGUAGACCGCAACCCAAUCGCAGCAGAAGCGAUCCGCAAGAAACUGAACACCUUGGUCGACCACGUUCGCAUUUCUUUAAGUGACCCGCCGAAUCGUAGGGAGUACCUUAAACUCUACCAAGGAGAGAAAAACUACCCUGAUUUAGAAGACAGGAUCGAGAAGGUAGCGACAAAAGCACAGUGUAUGGACGAAUUUUUUGUGGAUUUCGCUGGUCAAGCACGCGUUAGGUGGCAUUAUGGUGCCGCACAUGCCAUCUUGUGCGACAUUGAGGAUUGUUAUAUCCAAGAGAAGGGCCGUAACUGGCUGUUCAAGGAACGCGAAGCACGAGCACAUCUGGUGUUGGGGACCGUUAACGACGAGGGUUUGGUCUGGUUUGAUUUUCGAGAGUUUUGGCAGAUCAUCAGUGCGGUCAUCAUCGUCGGCGGGAGUUGCGGAGGCGCAUUUGUCUUGAGCUACUUCACGCCCACCAUCGGUCUUGGUUGUCGCAGCGGUGGGUACACCAUCUUCUUCACUAUCGCAACGGGUCUGCUUAUCGUUGAAAUGGCCGUCUGGAUGUUCCUUUCGCCGUACGAGGUUGAUUCGCAUUGGCUAACCAGCGCUGAGAGUCAUCUAUGUGGACAUGACACCUUGAACAAUUGGGCGAACUACGGACAAAUGGGGUGGAAAAGACUGAAACGAAGCGCUUCACAAGUCAGUAAAGUCUUCCUAGACUUGUUCAUUCGUUGCACAGUGUUCCUUGCUCUCAAAGUACCGUACACAGACAAGGAAACUAUCAGAGAAAGAGUUGAAGGUACCCUAGAGAAAAUGCGGAGCGACCUGGGCAAAAUGCGUCCGCAGAGAAAGUGGGAGCUCUUCUUCUUCCGACCCAUAGAGACCUUCAACACUGGAUGGCUAAUGGGUAUCGUUAUGGCGCAAGUUACUGGGCUGUACAGAACCUGUAACUGCAUAACCAGUAACUGGGCGGGUGGUGGUGGCUACCUUGAUUUCAGUCAACAAUUCACGUCGAACGGCUACGGUAUUACCUUGACCUGGGUAUCGGGUACCUCAUUGACCGCGUCAGUCAUGGGUCUAUCUAUGUUCUAUAUCACGGUAGAAUGGUGUCAGCAGUCUCACCUCUCAACCGAAGACUACGACGACGCCAUGGAAGGUUUACGAAUGACCCGCAAAUAUCGAUUGCGGACAAUGCAGGCUCGCCGCAUAUCCCGUGCCACAUUGACUCAGCUAGGAAAACUCGCUUUUGCUUUCGGUAAAAUGAUCAAUAUGAUCGGUACAGAUAAAAAGCCACGGAAAACGCUUAUGUGGACCAGGGAUAUCACAAAGGAACCAGUCCUCUCUCGCGCAGAUUCUGCAUAUGCAAGAAACCAUAGCCAUAGGCACCCCACAUUUCCGUUCGAGCGGACGCGCAACAACGCUGGAACGCAUAAUGCUGUGCUCGAUACAUCCGCUACAGCACACUCCUCAUCCUCGCCAGCAAUCACACCACGUGGAAUACGCAACGAAAGCGACGCCCCGGUCGUACCACUAAGCGUGCCCAGUAGUUCGCGUAUAAGUGAUGACUCUUCGACACCUUUAAUCCCGACGGCAUUGCAAGAGCACCAGCAACAUGAAGUAGAGGACCCAAUGAGCAACGAGGAGCAUAGCAACGAGGAGCAUAGUAACGAGGAGACUCCUUUCUUUGAGCAAGGAUGA